CCUGCAGACAAAUCAGUCAAGGCCUGUGUCCAGAAGAAGUAGAAAUGCAGCCUAAGCAAAACGUUGCAAACUGGAGUGUUGCAGCCUGGAUACCAGUUGUGGAGUUUCACUUAAGGAUUGAGGAGGGAACUUGUAGCGGUCUCCCCGGUGCCGGUCCCGGGACAGAGGGGCCCGGAGCUGCCAUGACGACGGGCGACUGCUGCCACCUCCCUGGGUCCCUGUGCGACUGCCCGGGCAGCGCUGCCCUCGCCAAGUCGGUGGAGGACUCGGACAUCGGGCGCCCGCAGUACAUCACCCAGGUCACCGCCAAGGACGGGCGGCUCCUCUCCACCGUCAUCAAGGCGCUGGGCGCCCAGAGUGAUGGUCCCAUCUGUCGAAUCUGUCAUGAAGGUGGAAAUGGGGAGGGACUGCUUUCCCCAUGUGACUGCACAGGAACACUGGGCACCGUGCACAAGAGCUGCCUGGAAAAAUGGUUAUCCUCCUCCAACACAAGUUACUGUGAGCUCUGCCACACAGAAUUUGUUGUAGAGAGAAGACCAAGACCUUUGACAGAGUGGCUGAAGGACCCCGGGCCCCGCAAUGAGAAGAGGACCCUGUUCUGUGACAUGGUGUGUUUCCUGUUCAUCACCCCGCUGGCGGCGAUCUCGGGCUGGCUGUGCCUGCGCGGGGCCCAGGACCACCUGCAGUUCAACAGCCGCCUGGAGGCCAUCGGACUCAUUGCACUCACUAUUGCACUUUUCACAAUCUACGUCCUCUGGACGCUGGUUUCGUUCCGCUACCACUGCCAGCUGUACUCGGAGUGGCGAAGGACCAACCAGAAAGUCCGCCUGAUGAUCCCAGCCUCGAGGAGCCCUCACCCCCUGCCCCACUCCCUCCUCUCCGCCAAGCUCAUGAAGAAAACCGCGGAUGAGACGACCGUCUGAGCCGUCCCGUGGCCACCAACUGGGGCCGGCCCAGGGCGAGGAAGGCUGUGUGUCCUCACGUGCCCAGGGCAGCUCUGGGGGCACCAGGAAACAAUCAUCCCACACACGGGGACUCUGCGGUCAGCACCUGCUUCAGACUUUGACAAACAGACAAAUAAUCAACGUCUGUGUGUGAAAUGGCCCAAAAGAGCCCGGUGGCAGAAAAUGCCUCUCUGCAGGGACAUUUUCCCAUAACUAAAUACCAUACGUGGAAAAUAUCUCCCUCUCUCUCUCUCUAUAUAUAUCUAUAUAUAAUAUUAUUUUUUAAUGGCCAUGCA